UCAGGACAAUAUCGCGGAAGCCGAUGCUGAUGUGCCGGUAGAUGUCGGUAACCAUGGCAACGACGACCCGAGGCUACGGCAAAGAAUGGAGCCCCGGAAUAUCCGUCCCGUUAUUGAAGUUGUGGCGUUUGAUGUGAGUUCGGUACCCCCGCGAAAAGUGUGGCAGGGCCCACAGAAUCUCCUGAACCCCCUCAACUACGCGAGAUUCCAACUGCCGCAGAUAUUUCCUACACUGAGAAAG